ACAAAUUAACUGAGAGAACUAAUUAUUUUAAACAGUAGAAUCCAAGAUCAUUUGUUAUUGACAAAAUUCUUAUUUAAUCAGACAUUUCAUAGGUAAAUAAAUUGAUUCCCACGUCUCUCUCUAUAUAUAUAUAUGUAUAUAUAUAUUUAAAUGCACAUUGGAGAUUUGAUUUAUUUAGCUUCUUGACUAUAGAAUUCUCUUCAUUUUGGUAAAUUGUAAUAAAUCACUGUUGUUGUUGUUAUUGUGUGAUCGGAUUGAUGAAAGGAAAAGUGAUUAAAAUACACAGAGAAAAAUACACAAAGAGGGCAUCACUUUCUUCAAUAUCUGCAUAAAAAUCAACUAUGACAACAGAGACGAAAUUGAGUUCGAUGGAAGAGUUUAUUCGAACAUUUUUAGAAAUGGAUACAGAUAAUAAUGAAAUGGUCGAUAAACAAGAACUGGUUAAAUACUGUCAAAAACACCGUUUGGAUAUGAAAUUGAUCGAUCCAUGGAUAGCAAGAUUUGAUACUGAUAAAGACAAUAAAGUCAGUUUAGAUGAGUUCUGUCGUGUAUUUGGUCUGAAGGCAUUCGAAAUUCGACGUGAAAAAGAAGAAUUGAAAAGAGAAAAAGAUGGCAAAGUACCUAGACUUCCAGCAGAUAUUGAAAUAAUUGCAGCAACAAUGUCAAAAACAAAACAAUAUGAUAUAUGUUGUAAAUUUAAAGAAUAUCUUGAUAGUAGUACCAGACGAACAGAUAGUGAAGUGAAGGAGGUGACCAAUAAAUUGAAAUCAUUAUUAGACAAUGUUUAUGGUCGUGUUUGGCAAGUUGUCGUAUUAACUGGUUCAUAUUGGAUGAAUUUUUCACAUGAACCAUUUUUAUCAAUACAAUUUAAGUAUAGUAAUUAUGUUUGUUUGGUAUGGAGGACACCGGCUUAAUUAAUGAGUGUGAAUUCAAAAAAAAAUACAUGGAUGAACAUAUUGAAACUAUAGGAGGAAUGAAAAUUUUUAAGUGAUUUUGAAUUUGUCCAUUAUUUCUCAACUAGUAUUUUUUUGUAAAUCUGAACACUGAUUACUCGGUAAUGAUUGUUUAGUAAUUGAGUCAAAUAUUAUUAUUUGUUACUUUUGAAAUGAAUAAAAAUGAAGUUUUAUAAAAGGAUCAUUAAAAAUUUGUUACUGUUUUUCCAUUCGGCCAAGAAAAG